AUGACGAUGGUCAUUGAUAACCAAGUCCGACAUUACGGUGGGAUGGGUUACGAUCAUAUGUACCCAAACACAAUGCAUUCCUCACCGCAAUUUAGCGAUCCUUGGCAACACCAGACUGCAAGCUCUGGCUCUUCAUUUCCUGCGCUGUCCAAGACCGACAGCUCGCGAUCUGGUCUCACCAUGCCAUAUUCUCAGAUGCCCCCAGUGACUGGAUCAUCAGCUCAAGGUAGCAGCUAUUCCAGUGUCGGGUUUUCUGCAACCGAUUUACUAAGUUAUCCUCAAGACAUUCCGCGCUCAACCUACACCGAGCAGUCUUAUUCCGCUCCCUCAGUUACUUCUGCGUCAUAUGCGCCCUCUUAUUCCUCCAUGAACUAUGCACAAUCAAUGCACCAGCAACAACAGCACCAGCAGGCACAACAACAUCGCAAGUUGUCGGACACUGUCGACGGCUCUCGAGCCGCACAUGCAAGUUUUGGUGAACUUGACGCUUCGAGAGGCAUGCUUGCUCUGAGCCACCAAAACUUGCAGGAUAUGACGCCUCGCAACAUUUUCGAGGCUCGAGCACAGCGGCCCUCGGCGGACGCGUAUGGCUUCCCACACACCAACUCAACUCAGUCAUCUAUUUCGAAUGAGUCCGGCCGUAGUUAUCCAUAUUACGCCCCCAGUUCAGUUGGGUCAAUUGGUGAUAGUGCCACCGACUACAGCUCGGCGGCAUCCGACGCCGGCUAUGAAUCCAUGGCCGCGUCUCGCACACUACCCCGUCCCACUCAAAUGAUGGGAUUGCCACUUGGACCUCCAGCACCACAGUCGAUGAUGGGACAAUUUUCGUCCAAGAUGUCGGCCAACACUCAAAAGAAACAUAAAUGCAAGAUUUGUGACAAGCGCUUCACACGACCUAGUUCCUUGCAGACACACAUGUACAGCCAUACAGGCGAGAAGCCAUUCGCCUGUGACGUCGAGGGAUGUGGUCGUCACUUCUCAGUUGUUAGCAACCUGCGCCGACAUAAGAAAGUCCAUAAGGGCGAGACUGUCUCUAAUGCCAGCCAUUCUGAUGGGGAGGAUUAG